AUGUCCUACAGCACAAUUCUAAAAAGAUUGAGUUUGAAGCUAGUGAUAGACAGAAAGGCGAAGAGAAUUCUCUAUGCUGAAGCUGACAAAACGUUCAUAGACUUUCUGUUCACUAUGCUUUCACUUCCUUUUGCAACUUUAAUGAAACUCAUCUCUAUCUCGCCAAUCAGCACGACCAUGUUUUGGUCACUUGGAAAUUUGUAUAGCAGUGUCAAAACCUUAGACAUCAAAUAUUUCAAACCAAAUGAAACCAAGGAAAAACUCCUUAACCCCAAAUCUCAACUUGAUACCGUUUUCCAAAUUGAAUCCUCUUCUUCUUUAGCUCCACCAACUAAUUAUUACACAUGUUGUGGUUCUUAUUUCACUUCUACUGUUCAUACACAAUGUCCCAAAUGCUUCAAAUCCAUGGUUGAACCAGCAACUUAUGUUUAUGGAUUAGGUGAAUUAAAGCCCUUUGAAGGAGGAUUGGGUUAUGUGGAAGGAGGGGUUAGGUAUAUGGUGAUGGAUGAUCUUACUGUCAAACCUAUUUUCUCUUCUAUGUCUACUAUUUUGGUUUUGAAGGAGUUGGAGGUUGAUGAUGUUCGUAUGAUUGAUGAGAAGCUUGUUUAUUUGGACAUCGAUGAGGGUUUGAAGUUGUUGAAGGCUUCUAUGCAAUCAUACACUGUGCUCACCGAUGUGCUUUUUCACAAGAUCAUCGACUUCUCAACAACGGAUAGUUGCGGAAAGAAGAGGAAACCGUCAGUAUUCAAGAAAUAACGCAGGCCAAGGGCUUCCCUCAAUCAAUAGAUCCUUUCGUUUUGUUGUUUGCACUUGAGCAUUAUUAGCAACCCAUCCCUUCUGUGUUGUAAUUUUUUUUGCCUGCUAUGUUUUUAUCCAGAAGAUAUUUCU